CCCAGGUCGCUUCAGUCGCCCCAGCUCUCCAGCCCAAGCCAGAUCCAACCAACAUGUAUCCUGGCGGCCAGCAGCCCCCGCACGGUUACCCGCAGCAGCCGGGCUACCCUCCUCAGCAGGGCUACCCCCCGCAGCAAGGAUACCCCCCGCAGCAGGGCUACCCUCCGCAGCAGGGGUACCCUCCCCAGCAGGGCUACCCCCCGCAGCAGGGCUACCCUCCGCAGCAGGGGUACCCUCCCCAGCAGUACCCUCCCCAGCAAGGAUACCCCCCGCAGCAAGGAUACCCGCCGCAGCAACAUGGGUACCCUGCUCAGCCCGGUUACCCGGCUCACGGCCACCACGCCCACGCGCCGCAGCCUGGGUACGCGUAUGCGCAGCCCGCGUACGUGGCGCAGCCUGGCGUGGUGAUCGCCGGCGGCAAGAUGAAGCACGGCAAGUACAAGCACGGCAAGCACAAGGGCCACAAGUUCAAGGGCCACAAGUACAAGGGCUUCAAGGGCAAAGGCUUCAAGAAGAUGGGCAAGAAGAUGAAGAAAAUGUUCAAGUAGAGCGAGAGGAGAACAAAUCGCUCUUGUCGUCGAAACGUGCCGACGACUAGUGCCAGUGCUUGACGUUGGUGUGCGUUCAGUGCGAACAGCAAAAAAAAUCGUGUCUGUCUUUGCAUU